GAGUUUGCCUCGGUGUGUGUCCUCUCCACCCUGCAGUCCACGCUCACUCUGUGGUCUCUGCGCGGCCUCAGCCUGCCCAUGUACGUCGUGUUCAAGCGCUGCCUGCCGCUCUUCACGCUCAGCAUUGGCGUGUGUGUGCUGAGGAACGGCAUCCCUUCAUUUGGGGUGGUGACUGCUGUGGUCAUCACAACUGGUGGAGCUGCACUAGCUGGCGCUGGUGAUCUCACCGGCGAUGUGUUCGGUUAUAUCACCGGUGUGUUGGCGGUCAUCAUCCACGCUUCCUACCUGGUCCUGAUCCAGAAGACCAGCCAUGACAGCGAGUACGGACCACUCACAGCGCAGUACUCCAUUGCCAUCAUGGCCUCACCGGUGCUUCUGGUGUGCUCCCUCAUCUCCAUGGACACCAUCAACAUGUGGACCUACGAGGGUUGGAAAGAUCCUAACAUCACAGUCAUCUUCGUCUUCUGCAUCUUCAUCGGCUGUGCCAUGAACUUUACAACACUGCACUGCACCUACAUCAACUCCGCCGUGACCACCAGCUUCGUCGGGGUGGUGAAGAGCAUCGCCACCAUCACUGUCGGCAUGCUGGCCUUCAGCGACGUCGCUCCGACGGGGCUGUUCAUCGGAGGCGUGGUUGUCAACACCGUCGGCUCCAUCACCUACUGUGUGGUCAAGUACUUUGAGACGAAGAAGAAGAGCUUGUACGAGGACCUGGAGGGGUCUGGGAAAGAUGGUGGUCUACCUGGGGAGCCCUACAGAGAGAAACCCGCACUGAAUGGCGACGGGCCGGCUGACGGAUCUGAUCCAGGAAACCAGGAGAUGGAGGGAGUGUUGACCAGCGAUGUGAAAGAGGAGGAAGCGCCAACAGGCUUGGCUAACGGAGAGGUGUGGAAAGGAGACAAGGAAGCAGGGGUGACUUCCCGAGUCAUGACCGACGAGGAGGCGCUGGAGAUGCAGAGGGAGCACAUCCAAAAGGAGAACCCCACCUCCUCCAAUCAGUCUGCUAGUGACAGCUAUGUCGGGGUGUGGAGGUCAAUUAGAAAUCUUCAGUUUAUGAAGAAAGACCCUUUGAUUGAUAACAUGGAGCAGCAGAGUCCGUAAGGGCUGGACAGAGACCUGGACAGAUUCUGGUGAAGAAAAUAUGAAUGGAUUAAAGGAUUUAGGAAAGUGCCAAACAUGCUGAAGAAAACAGAGGAGAGGAAACAUGACAUGGGCAGAAUAGAAAAGACAAACGGUCCGUCGGGAGCCUCUUUGAUUCCUACUAGAAGUGCUGAACAAAAGCUUGUUGGGUACACUGGUUAUGUUUGCUGCUGUUGCUGUGAUACCUCAAUGGAAUCCCAGGCGUUUGUGCUAAAAAAGUUUUAUUUCAUCACGGAGCUUUGAGUGCAGAGAACAUGCUUUUGGUUUUGUUGAAAGCAGGGAACAAGGUAAUUUUCUUCUUUUUAUACGCUGAGAAUAAAAAAAAGAGGUUCCUGUUGAAGAGAAGUGGAUGAAGAGUUUUGGGAGAAGCUGCCUGACUGUGAUAAAUUCUGCCUCUUGUCUUGCUUCUGCUCUGUGGCAUCCAGCGGGGGACCAGGCUAACCUCGGUGUAGCAUGAUUCGGUCUGGCGUGCGUCCCCGCUGAUAAACCAGCUAGCCACAAAAAGAGAGUGCAUCCUGUGCAAACAUGACAUUCAUUCAGGGAACUGCAAAGACACCGCAGACAACUUAACUUGUUUUGUGUUAUUAAAAAAAAAAUGUAGGUGAAUUCUUGUUUCUGAUUGGCUGGAGGCUGUGAAUUAAAAACCUUUUUUUGGAUGCACAUGUGGAUGAAUUCAACGUCACCUGUCAGAGCAUGCACUUCCACAGAUGCUGAGUAAUCAACGCUUAUGUUUGUUUGAGUCUAAAAAUCAGUUUGUUUGUCGUCUAACUCUGAUCCUGCAGGUUCUCUGUCACGCCUUGUUAACUGUUUGUUUACUGUGUAUGUGUCCGUGUCAGCUGGUCCGUUGAAUGGAGUGGAAGUUAAUUACUGAUAAAAACGAGUGAUAACACAGGCCCUUUAUGUACAGAGCGUUAGUGGUGCCGCCAGGAUUAAAUGUCAUAGUACGUACAAGAACCAUGUGUGUAGGACACCUUUAUCUUCUAGGUUUCCACACACACACAUAUAUGAUCACAAUGACUGAGCGAGCAAGAGAAAGAGAGAAAGACAACACCAAAACUCAACAACACAAAUAGCCAGACACCUGACCUUAAAGACAACCCCCGGCUAGAUAUUGGGAACAAUGUUAUGUAGUAUUAUAAACCAUUAAAGCUAUUCCAGAGAAGUGAAGUAAAAGUUAGCACUGAGCUUGAAUCCAGUCGGCUACAUGCCCUCUUUAGUUCAUCAGCCGUAAUAAAGCCGAUGUCACCUGGAGAAGCUGAGGUAGCUCAUACUGUGGCUGUUUGCUGCUGCGUGGGGAAAAUAUCUGACUUUUCUUGGCUUUAAAACACAGUCACUGAUGGAGAUAUUUGAGAUCCUAGAAUGCUCUAGGACUUCAUCAUGAACUAGCUAGCUUCUGUCUUCUGUCGUACCACAGAAGGCAGCAGCCAGCUAGUCCCUUUCUUGCUAGCAAUGCUAACAUUAGCAGCCUGUGCCAGUAUUACACUCGGUACGACCUUCACUGCAGAGCUGCUUUUUAUUUCUAAAAGUCUGAUUUUUUUUUGCUCUUUUCUAUCCUUCUCAUCACAGCUAAUUUCACUGUUCAGCACAGAAAUGUUUUAAUAUAACGCUAAUCACGCACCUUCGGAUGUAUUUACGUCGCGAUGUUGGUGAGUGGACGCAGCCACAGGCUGAAACUCCAGAACAGAACAAAUAAAAGAAAGGCAAUAAGAAUUAAGCACAGGAGCUGCCGUUAUCACAGUUUAGUUUUCAUAAAAAUAAAUUAUACCAGAUUCUACAUUUAAAGGCAGGGUUGGUUAUUUUCGAAAAC